AUAUCAGAAAAUGUUCAGAUAUCUACUUCAUUAGCUCAUUCAGAACCGGAAAGCUCAACCAAGAGUAUCAAUCAAAUAAUGCCUGGUUCAGAGAUACCUGCAGUAAUGCCAACUUCAUCUUUACCUCCUCAAUCAGUUAGCAAGCCGUUGACAAGUAAUCCUAUAGAUAUAUCUCUACCUAAAACGCCUCAUGAUGAAACUAUUAUUAGAGAUCUAGAAGUUCAGAGUGCUCAAAAGGAAACUGUAUCAAGGGAAAAUGUUGUUAAACGAAGCUUUGAAGGUUCCCUAUCAUCUGAGAAUGCUAAGAUAACUACCUCAUCAACUAAUUCAAAAUUAGCAAGCUUGCUCCCUGGAACCCUAGCCAUUUCUUCAACAAACACAAUUCCACUUGAUGUUAAAGGAAGCAUUGAAGGUUCUCCAUCAUCUCGGAAUGCUGAGAUAACUACCCCUUCAACUCAUUCAAAAUUAGCAGGCUCGCUGCCUGACAUCUUAGUUACUUCUUCGGCAAACACGCUUCCACAUAUUCAUGGUCAAAUCAAGUUCAACACAAGGAAAUCAGAUGUUGAAGAGGAUGGGAAGGUGAUUCCUGUGACAAAUCUUAAAGACUUGGAAGAUGAUGAUCUCAUCAACAUGCUUCAAUCCAUGGAGGAUGAUUAUAGUGGUAAAACACCAACAUCAUCAUCUGUUCCUACUGCUGCUGCUGCUGCUGCUAAAGAUGAGCUUGUUGCAAAGGCCCUUAGUGACUUGGAAGACUACUUGAAGAUGCCUCUUAAGGACAUAGCAACAUCAGAGGACUAUAUUCUUCGCCUUCAAACAGCUCUCAACUUCUUGUCUCGCCUUUCCUUGGAAGAUGAAGCUCUAUCCCAUGAAGUUAUGGCUAUAAUAAAGUCUAUGCACAAAGAGUUGCCUAACAUUCUGUCAUCUUUCAAGCAAGCAUUUGCUACUGUUAAUAAAUUUGCAGAGCUUGAAGAAAGAGAUAAGAGGAUCAAGGAGGAGCUAACUCAACGAAAGGAGGUUGCCACUGCUCUUGUUUCCAAAAUGUCCGAGACCCGGAAGUUUAUGGAUGAAGCUGAAGAGAACGAAGCUAGGCUGAAGGAGCAGAUCUCUAGGUUGGAGAAAGUGAAAAAGGAUUGUGAGGCUGAAUUAUUUUCUCUGCAAGAGCAGAAGAGGAAACAUAUUGUAGAAACAGUAGAGUUCAAGAAAGAGUUCGAGACUGUGAGGAAAGAGAAGUCCGAGAUGGCAGAAGAUGAAAGAAAGUCCCGGCAACAACUGUUUCAGGUUGAUCAUAAAUUGCUAAUAGAAAUCUCUAAUAAUGCUUCCUUUGCUUAUUUUGAAAGACCAAAUAAAGUUUGAGAGGUUUUUAA